UUUCUUGCCGGGCUCGUCGUUCCAGCGCAGCCGCUCGCUUCAGCACUUGUAAACUAUGACAUCAGUUAGCUCGGCUACUUGAAAGAUCGCGCGCGGGGCCGGGGUGCAGCCGACGCACGUGCGCUGAAUAGGCAAGGCAAGUUCGCAAUUCUCUUGUCAAAUCGAUCGCAGCUCGGGAGGAGUGCGCGAGGCGCAGUUAUCAUCGCAGACUUCCCCAUCACUCACAGUCCCAGCGGUUCCGCGGGAAGACAGCUGUUAAUAACCUAACAAGCAUGUCUGGAACAUUAUAAGGUCAUUAGUCUACUAACCCCCUUAUGGAUUUACGCACUUCUUUUCUGAGGUUCAAACGCUGACGGCGCUCUUCGCGUUUCCUUUCCCGUCCUCUUUCGUUCGUCUCGCCGGUGAUGUGUGGCGAAGAGAUUCGCGAAAUAAUGGGCACGUUCGGUUUGUGAACUCCCCCGUUCUGCUCUCCGCGUAACGGACAGGCGGCUAUUGAGCUGGAGCGAGUAGAAAGUGAGCUCGUUUAAAGAGAACAUCUGUCUUCAGGACUCCUGCCACGUUUUGAAGCAAGAAGGAUGCCCUCGCUUUCAUAAACGGAGGAUCUGAACAGUGAUUGAGGAAGCGAGUGAAGGCAGAGGAGGACAAAGAAGGAGACAUGGCCGGCUCACAGGGAAGAGAGUGAACAGAGAACACAGGACAGAAAGAUGAAGCUGUGGGGGCAGUCGCUGUGGCCAUUACAGGUUGUAGUCUUGGUCACCUUGGUAAUGUGCUCAUGCCAGUCGGUUUCUGCGGGUACACGGAGUCUGCGGGGACACACAGCUUCGUACCAGGUGAAGCAGGGAACCUGUGAGGUGGUGGCCAUCCACCGGUGCUGCAAUAAGAACAAGAUAGAGGAACGUUCACAAACCGUCAAGUGCUCCUGCUUCCCUGGUCAGGUGGCCGGUACCACACGUGCACAGCCUUCUUGUGUGGAGGCUUCCAUCGUGCUGCAGAAGUGGUGGUGCCAAAUGCACCCAUGUUUGGAUGGCGAGGAGUGUAAAGUUCUUCCAGACCUUACUGGUUGGUCCUGCAGCACCGGUAACAAAGUCAAAACCACCAAGGUCACUCGAUAGCAAGAACAUUGUUGCAGUACCAAGAUGCCCAAGACUCCUUACUAACUCCUAAUGGAAAAGAAGACCCUCUUGUUUAAGACACUGACAUUACAGAGGAUACCAUAUAUAUGAAAGAUGGACAAACUCACUGUAGACUAUAGAUGGCUACCUUGCUCUGACAGAAGACAUGAGGAUGGACAAGGAUCUCUGUAUAAACCAGAGGUUUGAAUGAAGAUGCUGGACAUGUGCUCCUGUGAGAGACUGCAUUUGUCAGCUGACAGUGACUUUUUGGAUUUCCACUGGCUCUCUUGUGUGUAUGUGUGUGCAUGUGUGAGACAGACAGUAGGACGUGAGACUUGUAGGACAAACUGUGGUCAGUUCAGACCUGUCUUGGAGCUUGUGUGUCUGUGUGUAAGUGUGUGUUAGUCAGGUCGAUGAUGAUGAGACAGUAGUUGAACACUGUUCAUCCGCUUUCCAGCACACAGCAAACUUUAUAUUCAUGUGUAGGGUGGGGAUUGCUCUGAAUGUGUGAUUCACAAGUUAUCAAAUUUCUCUUUUGGGUCAAAUGUUUCCUUUAAAUUAUUUUGCACUUCUAAUUAGGGUUGUUAAAUAGGAUCAUAACAGCAAAUUAAAAAUUUAUUACUUUUUUGCACUAGAUAAGAUCAUAUGGAGACGUUUUCCAUUUUCUAGUCUUUUACUGUCCGUGUAAGAUGGAAUUCAAGAGAGAAACAUUUACUAAGCUUCCUUCCACAAAUGCGCAAAGUAGAAAUGCAAGUGAUGUAGCCAUCAGUAAAACAAUGGUAAACUGCAGUAAAAUACAGCUCCUCCUUGCUGUAAAAUGUUACGUAAUGUGAGCUUUACAGAUGCAAUCCCCUUCAAAAAACUCUUAAAACUGACAGCUGGCUAAAAACAUCUAUGUUACUCUGUAAAAAGAUCCACAAAAAAUUUAAAGGUGCACUAAGUACAUUUUUACUAAAAUAAAACCUAAAUUAAUCACAAUUAACUUAUGAUGACUUAAAAAAAUAAAAGCUUAUUUUAUUCUACAAAUGGCACAUCGGACCAUGAUGCUUUGAUCACGUGACCUGCCAAAUACAACUAUUACCAGAAACUGUUGGUUUCAGAAUAAAUGCAUCUACAUAAAAAAACUAAAAACUUUUACAUUACAGCCAUGCCACUAGGUGUCAGUAUAAAAUCCAAGUGAUCUGUAAGUGAAACAUAACACGAAAGUUACUUGGUGCACUUUUAAACAAAGAAACACAGUAUAUUGUUUUUAACAUUCUGCUUUCUGGUUUAACUGUGACUCAAAAGUACUCUGUGAACAAAAAGUACUCUGAAAACAGGCUAGCAACUGAGAUGAUGAACAUGUUUAAAGAUAAGCUCCAAUGUGAAGAGGCAUAACUCAUGCCCAAUACUGCAACGAAAUAAAGUUUGAAAUAGAAUCAGC